AUGACGGACGAUUUUUAUAAUUCGUGGGUGGAACCUAGCAAAUACCCACGAAUACCCAACGUCUACGAACCAAUUCAAGAUACCCAGGUUUCUGGCCAAUGUGGUACUCGAGAGAAGAAAGAGUCUGCCUGGGUUCACCAGGAUUCUCGGGAUAGCCAUCAAUCGGCUUGGACUACCAACCGCAAACCUCUGAAUAGCGAGGAAUCGCAUCAGUGGCUCGUCAACGACAGGACGAAUUAUUCUGUGGUUGUGCAACUAGGGAGCAGCUACAGGAGCGAGAACCAAAUCCUAGGAGAUGACUUCAAAGACGCAUCGAGGGACUGGCACUCGCCAUCCCAUCACCCAGAUUCAAUUGAGAAGAGACGCGCAAGGCGGGAAGCGAGCUUUGAGAGGUGGAAAGAUGCUGGGGAUAGAGUAUUUUGUCACUCGGCGAGAUUUGGUCAUGAUUUCAAUCAGUUGAAGGCUUGA